AUGGCAGCUAGAACAGGUGACAGGUCGAAAUGGAGACGAAGAAAAUGCUCAAAAAGUCCUUCAGAAGAAGACAAUGAUUGUGCAAGCCUCGCGUGGCUGUUGAACUUCAGAUUAGAUGAUUUCGUGAAUAUUAAAGUGCCUGACGACGAGCCUGCAGUGAAAGAGCCGAAAGUAGAAAUUCCUGAUACACCACCAGCACCGAAGAAGCCGCCUUAUACUUAUCCUGAGUUGAUUGAGAGAGCGCUGAGAGAAAAUGGGGAGUUGACAGUGUCUGCAAUUUAUCAAUGGAUUUCAGACCGCUUUCCUUUCUACAAAGCGAAUGAUGAGCGCUGGAAGAACUCAGUACGACACAACUUGUCGAUCAAUCCACAUUUUCGCAAAGGUGCACGCGCUCCCCAAGGCGCCGGCCAUCUUUGGUCUCUGGCUGCAAAUGCAAUCGAUCUCCUGCCGUUGAGGGACCGCAUCAGUUUCGACGAUAAGAAAUCAACAACAGAAGUUGAGAAAGCUAGAGUUAUUGGCUUCCCUAAAGUGAUUGUGCUUGACGAAGCAGCUAUUGCAGCUGCCAGCAUUAUUCCAGAUCAAGACUUAUUUACUGGUAGUACAAUGUUCCUAAAUCCAGUCUCGACGGAGCAAGUUGUAAGGGAAUGCGGACUUAUCACCGUGGAUUAG